AUGGAUUCUCAAGGGUUUCAAAAAUCUGAUUUUCGUGAAACUGAUAUCGCUGAGAGAUCGCCCUGUUGCAGUUACGCUAGGUACAAGAAAAUCUUGGGGAGAGGAGCAUUCAAGGAUGUGUAUAAAGGGUUUGAUCAUGUGAAUAACAUGGAGAUUGCCUGGAACCAGAUCUGUGUAGAUGAUGAGAGCACCUUAAAGUCCCCGGGAAAUCAAGUAUCAUUAUGUUCUGAGGCUGUUUUGUUGAAUUCCCUGAACCAUAGGAACAUCAUGAAGUGCUACAGCUAUUGGGUGGAUUACGACAACAAAUCUGUGAAUAUAAUUACGGAGUUGUUCAGUUCUGGGAGUUUGCGGCAGUACAUGAAGAAACUCGGCGGUGUUGAUAUCCAAACUAUCAAGAAUUGGGGCAGGCAGAUGCUACAAGGACUGGAGUAUCUCCAUAGCCGAAACCCGUGUAUUAUUCAUCGGGAUGUGAAGUGUGACAAUAUUUUCGUUGAUGCUAGCAAGGGUGAGAUCAAACUUGGAGAUUUUGGGUUGGCUACUGCGAUGGAACAGAGCCCAGUUCGGGUACUGGCAGGCACGCCUGAGUUUAUGGCACCAGAGUAUUAUGACGAGGAGUACAACGAGUUGGUGGAUGUAUAUGCUUUUGGGAUGUGUUUGAUGGAGUUGGCUACUUCUGAGUAUCCCUAUUCUGAGUGCACAAAUCCAGCACAGAUCUUCAAGAAAGUGACAUCUGGGAUCAAGCCUGCUGCUCUGGGGAAAGUGCAGGAUCCUCAGGUGAAGGAGAUUAUAGAGAGGUGCUUUUUACCUGCUUCUUUGAGGCCAUCUGCUGUGGAGCUAUUGAAGGAUCCAUUCUUCUCAUUUGAAAUUCGAACGGAGAUAGAGCAUAAUAGUAGAUGUCCCAGCUCGACGACCAGCAGCAGGGAUUCUUCCUUGACAGUUGCAGAGAUAGAUGAAUCACGUGCAGUUUCCAGUUCAAGUUUAGAAGUGGACUUUGGAGUUGAUUCAACAGAUCGACUAGUUCGGAACGAAGAUCAAUACCUUGGAGUGGAGAGUUGCUACAUCAAUGAAUCGGGUUUUUCGGAGAUAUAUGCAAUGUACAAUUCCAUCUCCCUGUCAGAUGCUACUAGUGGUAAACUACCCACCUCUUGCUGUCAGUCUUCAGUGGGAGAUGUCUCUAUGAAUUCGAAAAUCACCUUCGCUUCGUCGUCCGGUGCUGCAUCAAAGGAUUUUCUUUUCUGUAUAUCAAGACUGUCCUUACCUAGAAAAUCACAACUUACAUAG